AUGGCAGUAAGAAAGACACAAAAUAAAAAAGAAGAAAAAAUUAUUGAGGAAGACAAAGUAGUAGGCUCUGGCUCCGAGGAAGCAUCCAGCGGAGCAGAGUCAGAGGAGCAGACCGCAUCCGACGACCAGUCAUCCAACAACUCAGCAUCCGAGGCAUCAGAGUCCCCAACUGAAACCGGAUCUGAAGAAGAAGCAUCUGAGGAGGCAUCCGCAGAGAGCGAGAAGCAGGCAGAGCCAGAAGAGUCCAAGGACGACAGAACAGUCUUCAUCAAGGGCAUCAGCUUCAACGCAACAGAGGAAGACUUGAAGGAUCUUUUCGGCAAAUUCGGAAACAUCACCGAAGUCAGAAUCCCAAAGAAUAGAGACGGAGUCAACGGCAAAGGAUUCGGAUACGUUGAGUUUGACAACAAAGAGUCGUGCAUCAAGAGCAAGGAAGAGCUCAACGAGACAGAGUUCGGAGGAAGAACCAUCAUUGUGGAUCUCGCAAAGUCUGGGCCAAGAAACGGACCAGAGGGCGCAAGAAACAACAACAACAGCAGAGCAGGAGAGCACACAGUUUUCCUCGGAAACAUUCCCUUUGACGUAGAGAAGGACGACUUCCUCUCCCACCUCAAGGGAUACGCAGACAUCAAGCAGCUGAGAAUCCCAGAAGACAGAGAAACAGGAAGACCCAAGGGAUUCGCAUUCGCAUCGUUCGAGUCAGACCAGGAGGCACAGAAGCUUAUUAACUCCAACAUAACCUACAUGGACAGACCAAUCAGAGCACAGAUGUCAGAGAAGAAGGCAAGCGCAGGACCCAGAGGCGGAUCUUUCGGAAGAGAGGGCGGCUUUGGCGGAAGAAGAGACGGAGGGGAGAGAUCAUCCGGUUUUGGAAAGAGAAGCUGGUCCUCUGAGAACACAAGCAACAAGAGACACGUUAAGUUUGAAUAA